CAGGAUGACGAGCCACCGGAAAUCACGUAUUGCGUUGUGGAGCACACGGGUACGCUCACGCUUCAAGCAAUGACGCCCACCCUGCCGAUGCCUGCCGAGGAGGAAUUGAACAAGAUGUUCCUCGAAUUGGUCGACGAGCUGGACCUGACCCAGGCCAACCGGCAGGCGGUUCUGGCACUUCCGGCGAACAAAAAGUGGCAGAUAUAUUGCUCCAGGAAAGGUAACGGCACGCUCGAGAAUGGCGGACUACGAACUACAGACCUGAGCGGGGAUCCCGAGGAUUACAUCAAUAGGCUGAGAACGAUAGCCAAUAGCCCUUUCCCGGAGGAGGGUGAGGAAGUUUCGAAUCAGAUGCGACAAACCGAAGCCUUGAAGACUGCUCUGAGGACACAGCCGCACAGCUUCGUCCUCAGGUUUAUAGAACUCGACGGACUGAACGCUCUGUUGCAAGUACUUGGAACUAUGGACGCGGAGGCAGCGAACAGCAACCUGCAUACAAGCGUGAUAGGAUGUUUAAAGGCGUUGAUGAACAAUUCGAACGGAAGAGCACACGUAUUGGCUCACCCAACUGCCAUCAAUACGAUAUCUCAGUCGCUGGCGACUGAAAAUAUCAAGACAAAGAUAUCCGUUCUGGAAAUCCUGGGUGCCGUUUGCUUGGUUCCAGGUGGUCAUCGGAAAGUCUUGGAAGCGAUGCUACAUUUCCAGCAGUAUCAUUCCGAACGGACGCGUUUCCAGAGUAUUAUAAACGACUUGGACAAAAACUUCGGCAUCUACAAGGACAAUCUGUCCCUGAAAACGGCGAUAAUGUCAUUUAUCAACGCGGUGCUGAAUUACGGGCCUGGCCAGGUGACUUUGGAGUUCAGGUUGCACCUGAGAUACGAAUUACUGAUGCUUGGUAUUCAGCCGAUCAUCGAGAAGCUCAGGAAGUACGAGAACGAGACGUUGGAUAGGCAUUUGGACUUUUUCGAAAUGGUGAGGAACGAAGACGAGAAGGAAUUGGCGAGGAAGUUCGAGAAGGAACACGUGGACACGAAGAGCGCUACGGCGAUGUUCGAUCUGUUGAGGAGAAAGCUCAGUCACACUGCUGCCUACCCUCACCUGUUGAGUCUUUUGGAACAUUGUCUUUUACUACCUCUCGAUUAUGGUUCCCAUCCCCAACAUUGGCUGCUAUUCGAUCGGAUCGUGCAACAAAUCGUUCUCCAGUCGGAAGGAAAUGACACCGGUGUCACGAGGAAUCCCGAUGUCGCGCCGAUUGAGAUCAACGUGAAGGAAAUUGUUCACUUGCUGGCAAAGGAGGAAGAACUCGUCGCAGCCAGGAAGAAGGCCGAGGAGCUGGAGCGAGAGAACUCCGACAUGUCGAGCAGACUAGCCAAGAAGGAACAAGACUUGGCAAGGGUGAAAGAACGCCUCGAGAAAGAGACGUCGAUGCACAUAGAAACGAAGCAGAGGAUUUCGGAAUUGCAAGACAACCUCGAGACGCUAUCGCGACAGAUAAACAACGAAAAGUCGGAGAGAAAGAGGCUGGAACAAUUGGUGGCUUCUGGCAGUUUACCGGACGAUGCGAAAGCGACGAUUAAAAUUGUCGAGGACGAGGUACUUGAGAAAGUUGAAUCGAAACCAAUGCCACCGCCGCCGCCGCCUCCGCCAUUGGCACCACCGCCACCUCCUUGUCUGAUGCCCGCGGCUCCUCCUCCAAUGAAGGUGGAGAUAAUCAAGAAUGUUCCUCAGCCAAGCAAUCCCCUGAAGUCCUUCAACUGGUCGAAGAUUCCGGAACAGAAAUUGCAAGGCACCAUAUGGUCAGAGCUCGACGAUACGAAAUUAUACAACGUUAUGGAUCUGGAGUCGAUCGAUAAGAUUUUCUGCGCUUAUCAAAAGAACGGUGUGUCGGCGGAGGGUUCGAUCGAGGACCUGCGGACUUUGGGCAAGAACAAGAAGACCAUGUCGGUGAUUGAUUCCAGGAGAGCUCAGAACUGCACGAUCUUGUUAUCCAAAUUGAAACUGUCCGACAACGAGAUCACUAGAACCAUCCUUUCUAUGGACCAACAGAAUAUUCUACACAUAGACAUGGUUGAACAACUGCUGAAGUACAUCCCAUCGUCGGAAGAGGCUGCUCUCUUAGACAUACAUCAGAAAGAGCUUCAAAGCAGAGCUGAUUGUUUCUUAUACCAAAUAUCCAAAGUGCCGCACUACGAGCAGAGACUACGAUCUCUUCACUACAAAAAGAAAUUCGCUGCCAGCAUUGCGGAACUGACGCCGAGGAUGCGCGCAGUGCUCGAAGCUAGUCGACAAGUGGCCAGGUCUCGGCGACUCAGAAAACUUCUGGAAUUGGUCUUAGCUCUGGGGAAUUAUGUAAAUCGCGGGAAUGCACGUGGGAAUGCCUGCGGCUUCCGCUUGGCUUCCUUGAAUCGUCUAGUCGAUACCAAAUCGUCUUGCUCGAAAGGCACGACAUUGCUGCACUAUUUGGUUCAAAUUCUUGAGUCUAGGUUUAGGGAGGUAUUAGAUAUCGAGGAGGACAUGCCUCAUGUUCGGACCGCAGCCAGAGUCAGUAUGGCCGAUCUACAGAGAGAGGUGGCCAAUUUGAAAAACGGUCUUCAGGACGUUCAGAGGGAGAUAGGUAAGCUUUACUUCCGUUAACACUAUGAUUGAUUCAUAGUAAAAUGUUUCCAAUGUUUCUUCAGAAAUAUGCAUAUAUUUGAAAAUAUUCUGAGUGAUCUAUUUUUUUUUUUUUUUUUUACGUGGAAGAAAUCCUCGAUAAGACACCUGAGUCUUUUUAA